AUGUAUACUAAUGGAAUUCAGAUAUGGCCUCGAGAUUACCGAUGCGGCUUGCUAUCAAGAAUUGGACAGGCUAUCUUUUUUAGCUUAAAUGUCCAUUUAAUGAUUCGAAUACUUGAGAUUUAUGUCCAAGUUUGCUAUCCAUUUAAAUCAAGUCGUUUGUUAACAACUCGGAAUAUUACUAUUCUCCUAUUUGUUGUAUGGUCAGUCACAGCUAGUAUACCGAUUGGUAUUCAAAUCUUUGUCGAAGUUGGAGCUGCUUCAAAUGUCUUUAAUGCUGCUGCUUGUAUUCUAGUAUCAUUUAAAUUGUUAACCAUAUUUAGUAUUAUUCUAGCUAUAUUUUCCUUGAUUGUGUUGAUAUUUUCAACGAUAGCUUACAUACGCGUUUUGUACAUCACCAAUCAUGCCGUUCAACGAAUACGUCAUUUAAGUCAUAGUAUAUCUGUUGCAAUCAAUCGCGAGAUCAAGUAUGAAAAGCGAGCUAAAGGUAUCCGUCAAGCGUUAAUCCUAUUAUUGGUUUAUUUAUUAUCGAUGAUACCAUUCCUAGUGUUGGUAAUUUACAGUCAAUUUUAUUACAAUUCAUCAAUUAUUAGACCAUGGCCGCCAGGAUUGGUGACGGCUUUACGUCUAUUUCAAUACAUUGCAUUCUUAUUUCCAGGCUUUCAACCAUUUCUAUUGGCAUCGUUUACGGCAGAUAUAAGGGAAGAAUUAGUUAAAUAUUAUAAUCAAAGAAGAAUAACAAGAUCUUCUAGAUCGAUUCCUUUAAGUGUAACACCACCUGGUUGA